AUGGCGGCCAAUACCAUCACGUCCAUCAAGCCCGACGGCCAGGAGAAGAGGCACGGGCGACUAAACCAGCGCCAUGUCCAGGCCGCACUCGAAGCACUGCAUCGAGAUGGCAUCGUGGCUGUUAAGGACGUCGUUGAUGGGGAUGCCAUUGACACGCUCAAUGCGCGCAUGGUCCGCGACACACGCAUCCUCGUCGAUCGCGGCGAUGAGGGACCGUUCAACUACAACCUCGGCAACCUGCAACAGAGUCCACCGUACGAGGUCGUGUCCUUCCACCCCUCCAUCUUCUUCAACCCCAUUGCAGCGCAGCUCACCAGCGCGUUUCUUGGCGGCAGGCCGACGCUGUCUUUCAUCUCCUCCAACGCAGCUGUACGCGCCGAACACGGUCAGCCGGUGCACUGCGACGCAGACUUCGACCAUCCCCAGAUCCCCUUUGCUGCCGUCGUCAAUGUCGGGCUCGUCGACAUGGAGCCGGCCAACGGGUCGACAGAAGUCUGGCUGGGGAGCCACCGUGGCACGACUGUUGCCGACCAGGAGGGUGCCCACGGAGAGCGAGCAUCGGGUCGCAUCCUCGAAGGACUCCUCGCAGCGAGGAGGCGCGUCUCGCCGCCGCUGCAGCCCACGUUCAAGAAAGGCUCGAUUCUCAUCCGCGAUCUGCGGCUCUGGCACGCGGGUAUGCCCAACCGGACCGACGAGGUGCGCAUCAUGCUUGCCAUGAUCCACUUUGCACCCUGGUACCGCCAGCGCAUGGCGCUCCUCCUGCCCGAAGCGCUUAGAGGUCCUGUUAUGGCACAGCAAGCGCAAGGCGUCGAUGUCGCCGCUACUUUUACUACAGACCCCAUCGACCAUCUCAACGCAGGCUACGGCAAUUCAUUCGAUUUGGGCCAGGAACAGUAG